UUGAGACGUAGCGGACAGACAGGCUUUGUUGGAUGUAGACGUCUUUGAAACUUGAUAUUUCACUAGAGGAACCUAUUUCGUGGUGAGCGUCAUGGCUGUGAACUCUCUGGACCUGCUCUUCAGAACUCUGGAUGAGUUGGAGUCUGCAGAGCUGAAGCGGUUCAGGACGUACCUGUCUGAGAGGACGGUGGAGGGGUUUGAGCCCAUCCCCAGAGGAAAGCUGGAGGGCAAGGAUGCUACAGACGUUGCCUCUAUGAUGAAGAAGGCCUAUGGGGAGGAAGGCUCAGUGAAAAUGACUCUGACCAUCCUGAGGAAGAUGAAACUCAACAACCUUGCAGACAAACUAGAGAGACCACAGACACAGAGACCUCCAUCUCCAGUGCCCAGCGGUGUGUCCAUGAAUUCCAUGCCUGAGCAUCCUACCUUCAGUAGUGGACCAGUCCCAUCAGGACUAAAGGAUGUUGCAGAGUCAGGAGAUAGAGAUGAUGCAAUUCUGCAGGAAGUAAAAGCAAAGUACAAAGAGUGGAUGAUAGAGAAGUUUGGUAAGAUUCAUGAGUGUAUUGAGGAUGGGAAGAACAAAACACUCCUGAGAAAGAUCUACACGGAGCUCUACAUCACAGAGGGAGAGAGUGAAGGCGUCAACACUCAACAUGAGAUUCGCAGGAUUGAAACACAAACAAAAUUCCAAAGGGCAAAUGAAGACAAAAUCAACUGUAAUGACAUCUUUAAGUGUUUACCAGAUCAAGAGAAAAUUCGAACUGUAAUGACCACAGGCAUUGCUGGCAUCGGAAAAUCUGUAUGUGUGCAAAAGUUCAUUCUGGACUGGGCAGAAGAAAGGGCACAUCAGGAUGUUGAUUUCAUAUUUGCACUUCCAUUCCGUCAGUUAAACUUGAAACAAAAUGAUUCAUACGCUCUUCUCAAACUCCUCCUUGUCUUCCAUAAAUUGAAUGAAAAUGACAUAAAUCCAGAUGUGCUUUGUAAGUUGAAGAUCAUGUUCAUCUUUGAUGGUCUGGAUGAGAGCAAACUCCCUCUGAAUGUAGAACAAGACAUGGAUGAUCCCCUGAAGACUGCAUCAGUGGAUGUGUUGAUAACCAACCUCAUCACAGGAAAUCUACUGCCUAAUGCGCUUAUUUGGAUAACUUCCCGGCCAGCAGCUGUCAAAAUGAUCCCUCCUAAAUACAUUGACAGGUGGACAGAAGUACAAGGGUUCAAUGACCAACAGAAGGAUGAAUACUUUAAGAAGAAGAUUGAGAAUCCAGCAAAAAUGGACACAGCCAUCGCUCACAUUAAAAGGUCAAAGAGCCUCUACAUCAUGUGCCACAUCCCUGUCUUCUGCUGGAUCUUAGCAUCUGUGCUUCUGAAAAUGAUCAACCAUACCAGCACCAGUGACUUGCCUCAAACACUGACUGAGGUCUAUAUUUGUUUCCUACUCACUGAGACAAACAGGAAGGGCCAAAAAUAUGGCAAAGGUUUUGAACGAGAUGAUAAAAAACGCCUGAAGUCCAACAAAGAUGCUAUUUUGAAAUUAUCUGAACUAGCAUAUAAAGAACUGCUGAAGGGUAAUAUUUUGUUUUAUGAAGACAAUUUGAACGAGUGUGGCAUCAAUGAAGAAGACAUUACAUUGUACUCUGGCAUGUGCUCUGAGUUCUUCAUGAGUGAGUGUGCUGUUGACCAACGUAAAGUCUACUGCUUUGUGCAUCUGAGCAUUCAGGAGUUUCUGGCUGCAUUGUUUGUGUUUCACUCCUUUGUGACUAAGAACACAGAAGCCCUGAGACAAUUUAUCUCACAAGAAUCUCUUUCCAACCUUUCCAUGGCUGAGUUUUUAAGAACUGCAAUAGAUAAAUCCAUGCAGAAGGAAGAUGGACAGCUGGACCUUUUCCUCCGCUUCCUCUUGGGCAUGUCACUUGAGUCCAACCAGAAUUUCCUACAAGGCCUUCUGACACAUACAGAGAGCAGUUCAGACAGUCUCAAGGAAACAGCCGAAAAUAUCAAAAGAAUUCUGAGUAAAGACACAAAAGUCCCUGAAAGAUGCAUGAAUCUGUUACUCUGUUUAUUGGAGAUGAAGGACAACUCCCUUCAUCAGGAGAUUCAGCAGUACAUAGACUCUGGAGAAAAGCUCUCACCUGCCCAAUGUUCAAGACUGGCCUACAUGCUUCUGGUGUCAGAGGAAACACUGGAUGAGCUUGACCUGGCUAAGUACAAGUCAUCAAAUGAGGGUCGUCAGAGACUGCUUAUAGUGGUGAAGGCUUGUAGGAAAGCACGAUUGGUUGGUUGUGAUCUUAAAGAGGAAUCCUGUAGGGUCCUAACAUCUGCUCUUCAGUCCGAAAACUUCCUGUUGAAAGAACUGGACCUGAGCUCUAACCCUCUGAAGGAUUCUGGAGUGAGGUUGCUGUCUGUUGGGCUGAAGCAUGCUAACUGCAGGCUGGAAACACUGAGAUUGGUUGGUUGUGGUCUCACAGAGGAAUCCUGUGAGGUCCUAACAUCUGCUCUUCAGUCAGAACACUCCCUGUUGAAAGAGCUGGAUCUGAGUUCUAAUCCUCUGAUGGAUUCUGGAGUGAGGUUGCUGUCUGUUGGGCUGAAGCAUACUAACUGCAAGCUGGAAACACUGAGACUUGCUGAUUGUAAGAUCACACAUAAUUCCUGUGAGAUUGUGGUGUCAGUUCUGCAGUCAACAAACGCCCUCAUAAAGCUGGACUUGGGUGAAAAUGACCUGGGGGAUUCUGGAGUUAAGCUUCUCUCUAAGGGACUAUCUAGUCCCGACUGCAAACUGCAGACAUUAAGGCUUGCUGACUGUAAACUCACAGAUAAAUCUUAUGAGAUGGUGGCUUCAGUUUUACAGUCACCAAACUUCCUGCUACUGCUGAACUUGAGUGACAAUGACCUGGGGGAUUCUGGAGUUCAGCUCCUCUCUAAGGGACUGUCCAGUUCCUACUGCAAAAUACACACAUUAAGACUUACUGACUGCAAACUCUCAGAGAAGUCCUGUGGAAUUGUGGCUUCUGUUCUACAGUCACCAAACUCCCUGAUAGAGCUGGACCUAAGUCACAAUGUCCUGAGAGAUUCUGGAGUUCAUCUUCUCUCUAAAGGACUGUCUAGUUCCCACUGCAAACUGCAGACAUUAAGGCUUGCUGACUGUAAGCUCACAGAUAAAUUGGGUGAGAUUGUGGCAUCAGUUCUACAGUCACCAAACUCCCUGCUACAGCUGAACUUCAGUAACAAUGACCCUGGGGAUUCUGGAGUGCAGCUUCUCUCUAAAGGACUGUCAAGUUCCAACAGCAUACUGCAGAUAUUAAGGCUUGCUGAUUGUAAACUCACAGAUAAAUCUUGUGAGAUGGUGGCUUCAGUUCUACAGUCACCAAACUCCCUACAGGAGCUAGACUUGAGUGACAAUGACCUGGGGGAUUCUGGAGCUCAGCUGCUCUCUAAGGGACUGUCCAGUUCCUACUGCAAAAUACACACAUUAAGGCUCUCUGAUUGUCUCAUCUCAGAGAAGGGUUGUGGUGUUCUGGCUGAAGCUCUGACUUCAAACCAUCUAAAAGCGCUGGACUUGAGGCACAACACUCUUGGAGAAUCAGGACUGAAGCUGUUAUCUGCUAGACUGGAGGAUCCCUUCUGUAAACUGGCGAUACUUGAAACUGGGGCUUCUGUAAGCAGAGCACGGCCACAUUUGCGGAGAUAUGCCUGUGAUCUCACACUGGACCCAAACACAGCACACAGAAAUCUCUCUCUCUCUGAGGGGAACAGAAAGGUGACAUGUGUGGAUGAGCAGCAGCCGUAUCCUGAACACCCAGAGAGAUUUGACUUCACAUGGUAUCAGGUGUUGUGUAGAGAGGGUCUGACUGGACGCUGCUACUGGGAGGCUGAAUGGAGUGGAGAUGAUGGAGCUGAGGUAUAUAUGACCUAUAAAAGCAUCCAGAGGAAAGGGAGGAGUGAUGACGUCUUAAUGGGACGGAAUGCCAAGUCCUGGAAUCUGUACUGCUCUCCUGGUCUCAGUUACUCUGUCUGGCACAAUGAUAAACGCACUGACAUACCUGCCCCCUCCUCAGACUCCAGAACAGUAGGAGUUUACCUGGACGGGCCGGCCGGCACUCUGUCCUUCUACAGCGUCUCCACUAACACACUCAUCCACCUGCACACGUUCCACUCCACAUUCACUGAGCCCCUCUAUCCAGGGUUUGGGGUUUAUGAUGAGGUGUCCCUGCGCAAGAUCACAUGAGCUCGUCCUCCAACAGCACGUCCACAUGUCACCCUUUCUCUCUACUCCCCCUCCCUUCUCUUCUUCUCUUCAUCCCUCUCUCUUCCCCUUUUACUCUCUAC